AUGCAGGCACCUGAGUCCAUGUCUCGAAACAAUGCUCGGCUUUGUAUCAUCGGCCUCUUGGUCUCUGGGCUUGUCGCAGCCGUUGCCGACUGCCAGUGCGAAUGGCUAGGCCGGAAGAUCAGCUUCAAAGUCCGUGCAAUUCUGACAAACGAAAUAUUUGCAAAGGUCCUCAGGAGGAGAGCCACAAACCCCAGCACGGAGACUCCCGAAGUCCAAGAAGGAUUGGGAGAGGAUACUCACGCUUCUGACGGGAACAUCUUCAACUUGAUGGCCGUCGACGCCUCGUCUGUUAGUGAAUUCAGUGCGCGCACUCAUACUGUUUGGGUGAACUUCCCACUUCAGGUCACAAUCGCAUCUGUUGUGCUAUAUAGCAUUCUUGGAAUCAGCGGCAUUCUUGGUAUUCUGCUGAUGGCAGCGCUGUUCCCACUGAAUCUACUCAUAUCGCGACGACAGGUUGCGGCUCGGAUCAAAGUACUUAGAGCUUCGGACGCCCGCGUGCAAGCCAGCAACGAGGUUAUCAAGAACAUUCGGACUAUCAAGCUUUGUGCGUGGGAGGCCGAGUUCCGCGAGAAUGUGCGAAACUUGCGAAGAGCGGAGCUCUCUGAGUUGCGCGGCAACUUUCUGUGGUGGUCAAUAUCCAUGACUAUGUUCUUCUCCUUACCGUUUAUCACGACUAUCUUGACUCUCUUCAGCUAUACCAUUCUCCAAAAGCGAGAUUUGGAGGCAAAGGUCGCUUUCCCGGCCUUGGCUGCUUUUGCCGUCCUACGCAUCCCAUUGGAUAGCAUGGCUAUCUCAAUUUCGUACCUCAUGCAGUCACUGGUGUCUAUCAAUCGAAUAGAACGGUUCUUGAAAGAGAGAGAGACAAAUAAGUAUGAUCAAGCGCUAUAUGAUGUGGAUUUCCAGCUUGGUUUCGACAACGCUAGUUUUCGAUGGCCUGCGACAUUUAGGGACGAUCCAAACGCUGGCCAGAAUAGUGGCGCCCAAUCGUCGACGGAGACAAGGUUUCAGCUUUCCGAUCUGGACGUGAAAUUUCGCCAACAGAGCCUCAAUGUCAUCUUUGGCCCUAGUGGAUCCGGAAAAUCGUCGAUGCUAUUGGCCUUACUGGGGGAGAUGGAGCUUAUUCGAGGCAGGGUAGCCUCCUCACUUCAGCAGGAACUCGAUGACCCUACCGCGGGCGAAAGUCACAGUAUGAGAGCCACUGAUACUGCAUACUGUCCACAAGAGCCUUGGAUUCUGAACCAAACCAUUCGGAACAACAUUUUAUUUGGGAAGCCUUUGGAUCUUGGACGUUACAUCAUGGUGCAAGACGCAGUGUGCCUUGCUCAAGACCUCGCCGAGCUUGAUGAAGGCGACUUGACUCUUGCAGGAGAACGCGGGAGUCGACUAUCCGGUGGCCAGAAGCAAAGGGUUGCAUUAGCUCGUGCUUUAUAUAGCGAUGCGAGAAUCCUCUUAUUGGAUGACUGUCUAAGUGCGUUGGAUUCGCGCACAGGAAGAAGCGUCUUCUUCCAAGCGCUCAAAGGCCCGCUCAUGGAAAACAGGACAUGCAUUUUGGCUACACAUCACACCAAACUUGCUCUUCCGCAUUGCGAUUUUGCGAUCUAUCUUGAGCAUGGUCGAGUUAAGCGGCAAGGGACCGCCUCGGAGUUCACAGGAUCAAAUUUCCUUAGCGAACGUGAGCCAGAAUCCGAUAUCCAAGACUCAUCUGAGGAAGAUGCACCCCAUUCCAUUUUGCCUGCAUACCCUACAACUGCCUCUGGCUCUGCUACGGCCGUCGCCGAGGGGGCCUCGGACGGGGGUGUCACCCGAACAUACUGA